CCAUCUCUCUCUCUUCGUCCUCUUAACCCUUUCCUUCCACUCGUCCCCGUCAUUUUCCGUUCUGCCUUGUGCAACGGGCGAGGCGAGGAGGCAAAAUAUAGCCAAGCCAGCCUCCAAUCCAACCCGUCCCGAUUGCUUUGCACCGACGAAACCUCGCCCUCCCUCCAUCCCUGCCGUAACAGCAAGCCCGGCGAGGCUGCUGAGUCAAGAUAUAUGAAUUGAUGGAUCUGUCCACAACUUCAGAAAUGGCUAAGGCCUACUCGGACAAAGCAGAAUCACUUGUUAAGGAAUAUCUUCUUGCAGAUUCAUAUGUUUCGUACACCGCUGUGCUUGGUGGGAUCCUGAUGUGCAAGAUGGUCUAUGACAUUACACACUUAGUCAGCUCAUUCUACUACAAGAGUUAUGCUUCUCUUUCGAAAAUCCAAAAGCUUGAGUGGAACAACAGGGGCAUGUCCACCAUUCAUGCAAUGUUCAUCACAUUCAUGUCAGUGUACCUAGUAUUCUUCUCCGAUCUAUUCUCUGAUCAGCUGGAUGGACCAGUAACUUUGCGGAGCUCAAACAUCUCUAAUUUUACACUGGGGGUUUCUGUCGGGUACUUCAUCACUGACCUUGCUAUGAUACUAUGGGUUUAUCCUAAACUAGGUGGACUGGAGUAUCUUCUCCAUCACAUCCUGUCACUUGUUUCCAUAGUCUAUGCUAUGUAUUCUGGGGAAGGUCAGUUGUAUACAUACAUGGUUCUCAUCUCUGAAACAACCACGCCUGGAAUCAACCUCCGAUGGUUUCUUGAUACUGCUGGACUGAAAAGAUCCAAAGCCUAUCUUGUGAAUGGUGUCUCAAUGUUUGUUGCAUGGCUGGUGGCACGGAUAAUUUUGUUCAUCUACUUGUUCUACCACAUCUACUUCCACUAUGACCAGGUCAUGCUGAUGCAGACAUUCAGCUGCCUUCUGAUUUUUGCCGUGCCCACGAUACUGCUCGUUAUGAACACUAUUUGGUUUGCCAAGAUCUUGAGAGGCCUUCAGAAGACGCUGGCCAAGAAGCAGUGAAGAGAAAAAUGGCAGAUGAAAGCUCACGGACCGUCUACAAAUCCUCCUCCCUUGCAGUCACGUACAACUACAUAUACGUCUUGAGUAAAGCUAGUUAGUGCAACUCGUACGCAAGUUAAAUUCCUCGUAGAUGACUCCGAUACGCUUGUGCACAGCCCCAAAUUUUCCCUGGAUAUUCUACCCUGUACAUACUACACCCGUCCGGGUCGGCUAUUCCUUAGAAUGCUUCAAAUCACCUGUGCAUCAGAUGCCUCAACCAUCACGGAUGAGGUGGUUGGUCAUCAAACUGACCUAGAGAGGUUGAAACCUGGAACUCUGUUUCUAGUCACAACUCUAAAUGUAAAUUCGGUAUUGUUCUUGACUUCUGAAUCUGAAUAGCAGUAGAUCAUUCA